GAACGGGCCGAAAUAGUGUAUUUCGACUAACGGAGGAAGAAGAACAGCGGGUAGAACAUAAACGUUACCGAUUAGCCGAGAGCUUCCCGCCUCUACGUCACGCCGGUAGUGGGGGUAAGCGCUCGGCCAAUCAGAAACCUAUAUGUUCUACACGCUGUUCUUCUUCCUCUGUUAGUCGAAAUACACUAUUGAAGAAGCCCAAGAAGCCAGCUGCGAAGAGGGUUAAGUGUGCCGAGGUGGAGGACUUUGAUGAGAAAGAUUUGGAUUGGUCGCCCGAGAAAGAAAAUCAGGCAGUAAACUGUGCUCGCCCUUCUCGCGCCAAAAAGUUCGUGGCUCCAAAAGUCGCGAAGUCAGCGCCGAAGAAAAGCGCGCGUGGAAAGGAGAACGUCGCCUCGCAGAAGACUUCUCUGGCACAGGGACAUCUGGCUCAGGCAGCAUCAACGAUGACGAGCGAGCCGCCGACGGCUGAUCCUGAACAAGAUCCAGGACCGGUCCCAGGACCCUCCACCUCCACCUCCGACGAGGCCCAGGGAGCCCCCCGCUACCCGAAGAGGGCCGGCAGCCGGGGGAAGCUGUACACGGAGUGCCCCGCGCUUGACGACGACGACUUCUUGUUUUGCGACGACUGCGGCAAGGAGUGGGAGGGGGAUUGUCCCGAGCACGGGCCUCUCCAUAUCAUCCCAGACAAAGAGGUAUCCGAGGCCCGCUCCGACCGAGCGCUGCACACCGUGCCCAGUUGCCUGGCCGUGCUGGACAGCAAGAUCCCCGGCGCCGGCCUGGGCGUCUGGGCCAAGGAGGCCAUCCCCCGCCGAGUGCGAUUCGGCCCCUACGUCGGGGAGAUCGAGAAGAAGAAGGAGACGGGCUACGGCUGGGGGAUCCGUCCCGUCGCGAGGGCAAGACGGUGCACUGCGUGGACGCCCUCGACGAGGCGCGCUCCAACUGGAUGCGCUACGUCAACUGCGCGCGGAACUCGGGGGAGGAGAACUUGCACCCCUACCAGCACGAGGGCGAGCUCUACUACCGCACGGUGUGCGUCAUCCUCCCCAACACCGAGCUCCUCGUGUGGUACGGAGAUUCUUACGGCCGAGACCUGGGCAUCGACCCCGCGACCUACAGGGAGCCCGCCAAGGACGCCCGCGCCUUCACCGGGACUUUCCCCUGCGAGCGGCAGUGCGGGGUGUGCUACGUGAGCCCGCUGCUGCUGGCCCAGCACCAGCGCUCGGGUCACUGUCACGCCGAGAUCAAACGGCGUCGAGCGUGCGGCGCUCCGGGGGCACCGGCACCAGGCGGAGCGGGCGCCAGCGCGGCGGCGGGGGAAGACCAAGACCAGCGGCGCACCGAGGAUAGCCUGUUUCAUUUUCAGCUUCCACCUCUCGGAUUUCUGCGGCUAACCGAGGAGGCCAGCGGCAAGGGGAAGCUCUGUGGCGUGUGCGGGGCUGCGUUCAGGGAUAACUGGAAACUCAAGAGGCACAUGCACACGCACACGGAGGAGAAGCCCUUCAGCUGCGGCACCUGCGGG